AUGACAUCUCAACUUCAAAUGGAAGCAAAUGCUAUAUUAAAUAGUGGAUGGUGGAACACUUCUGAUGCAAACUUCAAUAUCUCUAAUCGUUGUAAUUGGCAUGGUAUAUCUUGCAACGAUGCUGGAAGCAUAAUAGCAAUCAACAUAAAUUACUCUUUGGGGAAUGAACUUGCAACACUUAACUUGUCUACUUUCCACAAUUUAGAAAGUCUUGUUAUAAGGCCAUUUAAUCUAUAUGGGACUAUCCCAAAAGAAAUUGGUCAUCUCUCCAAGCUCACUCAUCUUGAUUUGUCUAACAAUCUUCUUAUAGGUCUGGUACCUCCUUCACUAGGAAAUCUCUCCAAGCUCACUCAUCUUGACAUCUCUUACAAUAAACUUGUAGGUCAGGUACCUCAUUCACUAGGAAACCUCUCCAAACUCACUCAUCUUGAUUUGUCUAACAAUCUUCUUGCAGGUCAGGUACCUCCUUCACUAGGAAAUCUCUCCAAGCUCACUCAUCUUGACAUCUCUUACAAUAAUCUUGUAGGUCAGGUACCUCAUUCACUAGGAAACCCCUCCAAACUCACUCAUCUUGAUUUGUCUGCCAAUAUUCUUAAAGGUCAGGUACCUCAUUCACUAGGAAAUCUCUCCAAACUCACUCAUCUUGAUUUGUCUGCCAAUAUUCUUAAAGGUCAGCUACCUCCUUCACUAGGAAAUCUCUCCAAACUCACUCAUCUUGAUUUGUCUGCCAAUAUUCUUAAAGGUCAGCUACCUCCUUCACUAGCAAAUCUCUCCAAACUCACUCAUCUUGAUUUGUCUGCCAAUAUUCUUAAAGGUCAGGUACCUCAUUCACUAGGAAAUCUCUCCAAACUCACUCAUCUUGAUUUGUCUGCCAAUAUUCUUAAAGGUCAGCUACCUCCUUCACUAGGAAAUCUCUCCAAACUCACUCAUCUUGAUUUGUCUGCCAAUUUUCUUCAAGGUCAUCUACCUCCUUCACUAGGAAAUCUCUCCAAGCUCACUCAUCUUGAUUUGUCUGCCAAUAUUCUUAAAGGUCAGGUACCUCAUUCACUAGGAAAUCUCUCCAAACUCACUCAUCUUGAUUUGUCUGCCAAUAUUCUUAAAGGUCAGCUACCUCCUUCACUAGGAAAUCUCUCCAAACUCACUCAUCUUGAUUUGUCUGCCAAUUUUCUUCAAGGUCAUCUACCUCCUUCACUAGGAAAUCUCUCCAAGCUCACUCAUCUUGAUUUGUCUGUCAAUUUUCUUGAUGGUCAGGUACCUCCUUCACUAGGAAACCUCUCCAAACUCACUCAUCUUAAUUUGUCUGUCAAUUUUCUUAAAGGUCAGCUACCUCCUUCACUAGGAAACCUCUCCAAACUCACUCAUCUUGUUAUUUAUGGCAAUUCUCUUGUAGGUAAGAUACCUCCUUCAAUAGGAAAUCUUAGAUCUUUAGAGUCCCUAGAGAUUUCUAACAACAACAUUCAAGGUUUCCUUCCUUUUGAGUUGGGGUUACUGAAAAAUCUCACUACAUUAGAUCUGUCUCACAAUAGACUCAAUGGAAACCUGCCUAUUUCUCUUAAAAAUCUCACACAAUUAAUAUACCUUAACUGCUCAUAUAAUUUUUUCACUGGUUUCCUUCCAUAUAACUUUGAUCAAUUAACCAAAUUGCAAGUUUUGUUGUUAAGUAGAAAUUCCAUUGGUGGGAUCUUUCCAAUUUCAUUAAAAACCCUUGACAUUUCCCACAAUUUACUCAUCGGUACGCUUCCUUCCAAUUUGUUUCCAUUUAUUGAUUAUGAAACUUCCAUGGACCUCAGUCACAACCACAUUAGUGGUGAAAUACCUUCUGAGCUUGGAUAUUUUCAACAACUUACUUUAAGAAAUAAUAAUCUCACUGGAACAAUUCCCCAAUCUCUCUGUAAAGUCAUUUAUGUGGACAUUUCAUACAAUUGUUUGAAGGGUCCCAUUCCAAAUUGUCUUCAUACAACGAAGAUCGAAAAUUCUGAUGUAUGUUCAUUUAACCAGUUCCAACCUUGGUCACCACACAAGAAAAAUAAUAAAUUAAAGCACAUUGUUGUCAUUGUUAUUCCGAUACUUAUUAUUCUAGUCAUAGUCUUCUUACUUCUCAUAUGUUUAAAUCUUCAUCAUAAUUCUUCUAAGAAGUUGCAUGGAAACUCAACAAAAACAAAGAAUGGAGAUAUGUUUUGUAUAUGGAAUUAUGAUGGAAUGAUAGCAUAUGAUGACAUAAUCAAAGCGACAGAAGACUUUGACAUGAGAUAUUGUAUUGGAACAGGAGCAUAUGGAAGUGUUUACAAGGCACAAUUACCAAGUGGCAAGGUUGUUGCCUUAAAGAAACUUCACGGCUAUGAAGCAGAGGUUCCAUCUUUUGAUGAGAGUUUCAGAAAUGAAGUGAGAAUUUUAACAGAAAUAAAGCACAAACAUAUCGUGAAGCUUUAUGGUUUCUGCUUGCACAAAAGAAUCAUGUUUUUGAUCUAUCAAUACAUGGAUAGAGGAAGCUUAUUCUCUGUCUUGUAUGAUGAUGUAGAAGCCCUGCAAUUCAAGUGGAGAAAAAGAGUUAACACUAUUAAAGGAGUUGCAUUUGCUCUUUCAUAUCUUCAUCAUGAUUGCACUGCUCCAAUAGUGCAUCGAGAUGUAUCUACUAGCAAUAUCUUGCUAAACUCUGAGUGGCAGGCCAGUGUUUGUGACUUCGGCACAGCUCGACUCCUUCAAUAUGAUUCAUCCAAUCGAACUAUAGUUGCUGGAACUAUUGGAUAUAUAGCUCCGGAACUUGCCUAUACUAUGGCUGUGAAUGAAAAGUGUGAUGUAUAUAGUUUUGGUGUAGUGGCACUUGAAACUUUAGCUGGAAGGCACCCUGGGGAUUUAUUGUCAUCACUUCAAUCAACAUCAACACAAAGUGUCAAACUAUAUCAAGUAUUAGACCAGCGUCUUCCACUUCCAAAUAAUGAAAUGGUUAUACGUAACAUAAUUCAUUUUGCCGUUGUUGCCUUUGCAUGCUUAAAUGUCAAUCCUCGUUCUCGACCAACAAUGAAAUGUGUGUCGCAAAGUUUUGUCACCAAGCUUCCACGAUUAAGUAUUCCUUUCAGUGAAAUUUCAGUGCAGCAACUAAUGAGUGAAGAACUCAAAGCAUUGUUUUAUAUUGCGAACCCUUGAAAGAAAACUUCAGAAUGAAUUAAGUUGAGUGUGUUAUUAUUCAAUAAUAAAGACAUUGCCUUUUUAUCCCCAAAAGUUGUUGAAAAAUGCUGUAAAACUUUGUUGUUGUGAUACAUCAAACAUAAGUAUAUAUGUAUUCACAUUUCUGUUUUUGUAUAAAAUUGAAUUACUUCUGUUUCAA